UAAUGCUGACGCUUCGUUCUGGAUUGUUCAUCGUGCUUGGUGUCGCGUAGCCGGCAUUUAAUUCUUGUGUCUCAUUAGUUAUUAAGUAAAAUUCGUACUGUGAUUCCGUCUCAUUCUCCGAAAGGAACUAUGCUGUACAUUUUAUCAGCGUUACUUUUAAUUUCUUCUCAUGUUAGUGCCAAAAUAUAUUUCAAAGAAGAAUUCAAUGAUGGCGAUGCUUGGGAGGGAAGAUGGACUCAAUCCGAACAUUCCGGCAAAGAGUGGGGCAACUUUGUCUUGACCCAUGGAAAAUUUUAUGGUGAUCCUGAAAUAAGCAAAGGAGUACAAACUUCUCAAGACGCUAGGUUUUAUGGUCUGUCUACAAAAUUCGAACCUUUUAGCAACAAAGAUAAAACUUUAGUUGUGCAAUUCUCGGUAAAGCACGAACAGAACAUCGAUUGCGGAGGAGGCUAUUUGAAAAUAUUUGACUGUAGCCUGGAUCCAAAAGAUCUUCAUGGAGAUUCGCCUUAUUUAAUCAUGUUUGGUCCUGACAUCUGUGGUCCUGGAACAAAAAAAGUGCAUGCCAUCUUCACCUACAAAGGCAAAAAUUUAUUGAUCAACAAAGAAAUCCGAUGCAAGGACGAUCAAUACACUCAUCUGUAUACUUUCAUCAUCAAGCCAGAUAAUACUUAUGUUGUCAAAAUCGAUAACGAGAAGGUUGAAAGCGGGGAGCUAGAAAAAGAUUGGGAUUUCUUGCCUCCAAAGAAAAUCAAGGACCCUGAAGCCAAGAAGCCUGAGGAUUGGGAUGACAACCCUAAAAUUGAAGACCCAGAGGACAAGAAGCCAGAAGAUUGGGAUCAACCCGAAUAUAUUCCCGAUCCUGAUGCAGUUAAACCAGAAGAUUGGGAUGAUGAGAUGGAUGGGGAAUGGGAGCCCCCGCAGAUCAACAACCCUGCAUUCAAAGGCGAGUGGAAACCACGACUUCUUGACAAUCCUAACUACAAAGGUCCAUGGAUCCAUCCUGAGAUCGACAAUCCUGAAUACGUUGCCGAUGCCAGUCUCUACAAAUAUGACGAAAUAUGUGCAGUGGCACUCGAUUUGUGGCAGGUGAAAUCAGGCACAAUAUUCGACAAUUUCCUGAUCACUGAUGACGAAACUGAAGCAGAGAAGCAUGGAAGAGAUACAUGGGGUGCUAUCAAAGAAGCAGAGAAGAAAAUGAAGGAAAAGCAAGAGGAAGAAGAGCGUAAAGCUGCCGAGGCCAAGACCAGCGAAGAAGAGGAUGAUGAUGAUGACGACGAGGAAAAUGAAUUAGAAGAAACUGAUGCUUCUGACUCGACUGAUGAGACAACAGAAACUGAUACCCACGAUGAACUUUAGCUACACAAUUAAAAUAACUUAAAAACAAUUUCUACUCAAUAUUAUGUAGGUUCUAUUUGAUCAUAUGCAUUUUCAAUGUUGAUUCCUUUUCAAUUACAGUGUGUGCAUUCGUCCUUUUAUGUGGGAACAAGUUUAAAAUGUACCUCUGCAUACAAAUCCUUCAACAUUCAUAAAUACAUUCAAUUUCAUAAGUGCAUGUUUGGGUACAUUUUAUAAAGGUGUUGUGUAAUAGAUUUAUAAAUGUUGUUUUUGUAAUUGAUCAAAUUUUUCAGUUUUUCAAUAAAUUGUUUUCUCAGAA